AGCACAAUUUAUUUGUCCUAUGUUUAAAAAUGUGCUCAUUUAUUUCAGAUGGCUCCCUGUCCAGUUUGCCAGAAGGUGCUGUCCUCCAUCUCUGCGCACCUUUCCACAGUACAUCAUGUGGAAAACGUAGAGGAGAAGAAGAUCCUGAUUCAGCUGGCGAAUCAGAAAGUGUCGAUCCUGACAUCUCCGUGUCCUGUUCCGGGAUGUGGGUAUCAGAAGUCUCGUCUUGACCGCCAUCUGACCAGCUGCCACCGGGACCUGUCCGACCAGGCCAGGGAUAGAUACAUACAGACGGCACAGAGGAUCAAAGCCAUUACUCUCCUGAGAGAGUUGAGGGCCAGCAGUCCGAACGUGCCCAUGGCCACUCGCUUGGACUUGGCUGCUGCUGACGAAUCUUCAACGCACGACUACGACCGAGUACUCGAGUCAGCGAAACCUGGCGUCCUCGAUAUCAGUCGUAGACUGAGAAUGGGACAACAGGUGGAAGAGAGUCUGCAGACACUGUUCCGGUACAUCUGUGAGGCGAUACUGCUGAAGGAGCAUCAACUGGCAGAGAGUGCUGUGCUGAACUUCAAGGUAGCUUUUCUUGCUGUCCUUAAUGCCUUGCAUUUCUCUCAAAUGUUUUAUAAAUACAAACUGGCUAAUGAAGAUAUAUUUUUUUCACCCAUACAGGUAGAGCAUUGGGUAGCUCGAACCCCGUCAGCCAGUGGCAUUGUCCUUGACCACUUUGACAUCAGUCUGACUACCCAACAGGAAGAGGUACAAGAUGUAUAA